AUGGUACGCACGCCAGGCAGUGACGAUCAGUCGCAGCAGCAGGGAGGAGAGGGGCAGAAUGGCGGGGUAACAACAGAGGGGCAAAGCCAGCCACAGCAUGUGGGGCAGCGUGAGAGUGAAACGGUAUCCUUGCCACAUCCGACGGACAGCUUGCAACCGACGGACAGCUGGCAGCAUGCAGAGAGUUGGCAGGAGGCGGAUGGGUGGGAGGAGGUGGUGCUGCUGCUGGACCUACUGUCUCUCCCGCCCUGCCUGUACGCCCCCCCUCUCCGUGCCAUGCUGCGCGCGCCUCACACCCUCAAGCUCGGCUUUGCCUUCUCAGACGACCUCGAGUUCCUCCACCAAUCCCUCCCUUUAUACCACCGCUCCCUUUCCUCACACCACCACUCCCACUCUCCUGACCACCAGUCGCUUCACCCAGACCACCACUCCCUCCACUCUCAAGUUAAUCCCUCCCUUCUCCCAGACCAGCACCGCUCCCCCCAUUCAGAGCACGAGCACCCCUCACAGGGCCAGGACUGCUUCCACCACGUGGCACCCUUCAUAGACAUCGGCACGGCCUACCACGCCAUCCGCCGCACGCGCCUGCACCUCAAGCGCGACAACCUGCUCUCGCUCCUCACCGCCGCCGCCCCUCCCGGCUCCCUCGCCGCCAGAUCAGUGCUGCCGCCCGCGUCAGGGCUGUCAGCACUGGCGCAGGUGCUGCUGGGAGCGCCACUGGAUAAGGAGUUGCAGUGCAGUGACUGGGAGCACCGGCCGCUGUCACGCCACCAGCUGCACUAUGCUGCUGCUGAUGCCCUCUGCCUGAUUCACAUGGCGCUCGCGCUUCUCCCACUCGCUCCGCGCCCCCACGCCCUCUCUGCCCAUGCUCUUUCCCCCCAUGCCCUUUCCGCCCAUGCCCUUUCCGCAAAUGGAAAAGAUCAGGUGCGCUCUGUGGGAAAGAGCACGGACGGCAUUAACAACAGCACCAGCACUAGCAGUGGCAGCGACAGCAGUGCGAGUUCAGGCCAAGGGCGUGCAGGGAAGGGUAGGGAUGGCUUAGGGAAGCGGUUGAACUCGAGGAAAGGGAGGAAGCAGGCACGAGAGAGCAGGAUGAGAGAGGAAGGGGAGGAGGCGACAGGAGGGGAAGAAGGAGAGGGAAGUGGGGAGUCAGGGCGAGGGUCCAGAGGAGAAGCAGCGGGCACGGCUGUAGCAUGCGAGGUUGAAUCGCGUCGCAAUGAGGCGUGUUCAAACGAGGCCCUGCCUGCAGGGGAUGCUCGUGCUGACAGGCCACACAACGGACUGGUGUCACCAUAUCAUGCAGUGCGCCCAAGUGACAUGCAUGGGAACGGAUUGGUGCCGCCGUGGGAUGUGUCGCAGGGAGGUGAUGGGCAGGCGCGGUUCCUGUGUGAUUCCAUGGUGGAGGGGCUGGCACGGCAGCUGCGCUGUGUGGGCGUUGACACCGCCUCUCCCAAGAGUCUCGGGCGAGACACGUGUGACACCAGGAAGCUGAUAGAGUGGGCAGAGAGGGAGGGUCGUGUGCUUCUAACGAGGGACGUGAAGCUCUUCCGGCGCCGCCUGCUGCCGCCCACCCACAUGCACCUUAUUAGAAGCACCGACAAGCGCGAGCAGCUCCGCGAGGUGGUAACCGCGUUCCGCCUGCUCCUGUGCGAGUCCUCCCUGCUCUCGCGCUGCAUCCGCUGCAACGGCACCUUCAAGCCGCAGGCGCUGGGGCCCUCAGAGGCAGCAGCGGCGGCGCCGUGGACACAGGUGGUGCCGAGUCACGUGUUGGAUCGCGUAGCGGAGUUCUGGCAGUGCUGCCAGUGCCAGCACCUCUACUGGGAGGUGAGGGAUGACAUGUGUGUAAGAGUUGGAAACAUCUCGAAUGCCAGCAGCGGUGGUGUUAUGGUCUCAGGUGGUCCCCUGCCUUGUCUUGGCUCGAGUGGUGGAGUUCUGGCAGUGCUGCCAGUGCCAGCACCUCUACUGGGAGGUGAGGGCUGCCAGUUUGAUCGCGCCAUCAAGCAAUUCACAGAGGUGUGCCAGCUGUCAGCUGCGCUGGCACAGACGAAUGUUUCAGCCAGCAGUUGA